AUGCGGGCUAACACUGGCGCAGUCGAGACACACAGACAGCGACAGACAUACCGUCACAUUCACGGCAUACCACGCGUACAGUCAUUGAGCGCACUCUGUAGACAACGCGCCGCACAUACAAUACACUAUACGCCACACGCGUUCACUAUAAGCGACAACAACCACACCAUCGGAUCAGUUGCGACACUAAUCUAUGUCUUAAGCGACACAAACCAUCCCAAACAACACUCUCUCAGCAAUGUCUACAUUAAACUCGUUGUUUUCGUUCACAUCGCCCGCCGCUGGAAACAGGGCGACGAAGAGGAGAAAUGGGCGGAGAAAGCGGUGGACUCUCUCGUGAAGAAGUUGAAGAAGAAGAAGGGAGCGGUGGAAGAGCUGGAACGGGCGCUCAGCCAACCCGGACAGCAGUCUAAGUGCGUGACAAUACCGCGUUCGCUGGACGGCCGGCUACAGGUGUCCCAUCGCAAGGGUUUGCCGCACGUGAUCUACUGUCGUGUGUGGCGGUGGCCGGACCUCCAGUCUCACCACGAGCUCAAACCCCUCGAGCACUGCGAGUAUCCCUUUUCGGCCAAACAGAAGGAGGUGUGCAUUAAUCCGUACCAUUACAAGCGUGUGGAGAGUCCCGUUUUGCCGCCAGUUCUGGUGCCCCGCCAUUCGGAGUACCCCUCGUCCAUGAAUAUACCGCAGGCGCCGACGUUUCAUCCG